GGAGGACCUGUGGGUGCGAGAAGGGAAGAUCCUCAACCCAGAGAAACUCUUCUUUGAUGAGAAAGGCUCUGCUGACAUCCAGCUGGACUGCAAGGACAGCAUCAUCGCCCCGGGCUUCAUCGACGUCCAGAUCAACGGAGGCUUUGGGGUGGACUUCUCCCUGGCUACAGAUGAUCUAAAACCAGGGAUUGACCUGGUCAGUCAGAAAAUCCUCUCCCAUGGAGUGACCUCCUUUUGUCCCACCCUGGUGACCUCUCCUCCAUCUGUGUACCACCAGAUUCUCCCUCAGAUGAGUAUAAGAAAUGGUGGAGCCCAUGGAGCAGGUAUCCUGGGGGCCCAUCUGGAAGGACCGUUCAUCAGCAAGGAGAAGAAAGGGGCACACCCGGAGCACUGCCUCCGCACCUUCGAGGCGGGUGCCUUUCAGGACCUGCUUGCCACCUACGGGUCCCUGGACUGUGUUCGGAUAGUCACCCUGGCCCCAGAGAUGAAGAGGAGCAGUGAGGUGAUCCGGGAACUCACCAAGCGGGGCAUCUGUGUCUCGCUCGGACACUCGGUGGCUAAUCUCUCGCAGGCUGAGGAGGCUGUGCAGCACGGCGCUACCUUCAUCACUCACCUCUUCAAUGCCAUGUUGCCAUUCCACCAUCGUGACCCCUCGUGCUUCGGUCUGACACAGCUGGCUCCUCUCUGGGAGGACCAGCAUGGCACAGUGCUCGGAGCUGCAGCAGGGGCAGCUGCAAAGCUAACGCAGCCUCUUUCCGUGCGUUCCUCAGGCCUGGUGCUGGUGACGGAUGCGAUCGCUGGCAUGGGGCUGGCACCGGGUCGGCACACACUGGGUCAGCAGGUGGUGGAGAUCGAUGGGCUGAACACCUACAUUGCAGGCACAAAGACCCUGAGUGGUAGUGUGGCCACCAUGGACACGUGUGUGCGACACUUCCAAGAAGCCACAGGGUGCUCGGUAGAGACAGCGUUGGAGGCAGCGUCUCUGCAUCCUGCCCAGCUCCUCGGGAUUGAACACAAAAAGGGGACACUAAAUUAUGACUCCGAUGCAGAUUUCCUGAUGCUGAAUGACGGUCUGUAUGUGCAAGCCACGUACAUCGCGGGCGAGGAAGUCUGGAGACGGGAUGCAUUAGGCAUGUGA